GCAAUGCAUAAGGUAUUACCUAACGGUAACGAGGCAAACGUGAACUUCGCCCUGCCCUAGGAUUCCCUAUGCUGCCAUUCAUGGACAUAACAGAAGAAAACAAACGCGAGACUGGAAAGCUGUCCUUGGUAAACAGCUACAAGGGCUGCUGUGCUGGAUGGAAAGUAUAAAAGGAUAGAAAUGGGAGAGUGAAGUGUGGACCUUCACAGUAACACAUCAUGGAACUGAAGCUGGAAGUACUGCUCUCAUCCUCCAUCAAGGGGAAAAAACCAUGGCCUCGCUUCUCCUGGCUUGGAAAGGAGAAAGAGGCUGUCUUCCUCCUAGAUGACAAGCGCAUCUGCGAGGUCAAUAUGAGGACAGGGCGUUUGAAGAAGAGGAAUUCCAAGCUGCAGUCACUGAUGCCUAACGUGGUGGCAAUGGCCAGCUCUUCAAACGGUGUGUGGUUGGCUGGGCUUCUUGCCUCUGGAGACCUGUUUCUUUGGAAUAAAGACACUGACUUAUUCAAGACGAACUCCCCUACGCCACAAUUCAUCCAUCAACUGGCUGCAGCUAAAGAGAGUGGAGCCCCGCUGUCCCUGCAGGUGUCCGGAGAUGGGCAGCGUGUGCUCCUGGUGUCCAUGUGGGGGCAGGUGCUGCUGUGGGAGUGUACGGCUCCUCUGGAGCUCAGCACAGUGCGGGGGGGCCCCAUGGUCAGGGGCCACUGGAGCCAGGUCCAGGCCCCCUCGCAUGUCACCUUCCCCUCUGCUGCUGACAAGGAGGCAUCCUGCCACAGUCAGUUCAUCAGGAGCCAGGUCAUUGGAGACGCCUGCCUGGCUGUGUUUGUGUUCUACGUUAGAGAGCAGCUCACUAUCGUCUUCCUCAAGCUGCAGUGGGAGGAGGGAGUGGAAAGAACGCUUAGUCCUGUUGGGUACUCUGUGCUGUGGGUGUCCAGGACGUACCCCCUGGGCCAGCUGCCCUCCCCCUGCAGCCCAGUCAAGUCCAGGGGGGCACUAGUGGCAUCGCUCUCCCCGGAUGGCCUGCUGCUGGCCACCGUCAUCAACCAGAAGGACCCCAGGGUGACUCAGGUGAUGUUUGUCAGCACUCAGAACUUUGUAUGCGUGUCGGCUGGACUAGGGCGCUGUGGCAGCAAAAACCUCAACAUCCCUGCCAAGUAUAUCCGGUCGUAUUGGGUGGCCAGUGUGUGCUGGUCUCCAGACUCUCUCUUCCUGGCCUGUGUGCUGAAGCGCGGCUCUCUGCUCAUGCUCGUGCGGCUUGGGGAACUCGUCACCUUGUCCACCACAGGAUGUGACGUCGACUUUGCUGCAGCUCACUUCCUGCCUAUCCACCCUCUCAUCACCUACAGGCCUCCAGUCCCAGCUGGAGGUGAUGGUAACGUAUCCAGCUCCAGCGUGUCCGUGCGGGACAUGUUCAGACAGCGCUACUCGGUCACCUGGCACCCGCGUACGCCCCUGCUCCUCCUGUCCGACGGCUACAAUGCCACCCUGCUGCGGGUGCCCAGCAUGCCCACCCCUACGUCCCUCGUCAGCAGGCUGCUGUGGGACACGGCUCAGGGGCUGGAGCAGGCACGCACCCUCCUCAUGCACACACAGCCCCAGGCCCAUCUGGAGUCCCUGUCCAGUCUGAAGUUCAUGUCCAGUCUGCAGGCCCUGAGGGACAGAGUGACUCCCGUGCCCAGCCUGCCUCUCUGCUGCCAAGACGAUGGCACCUUGGAGGACCUGCAGGAGGCCUACGAGAAAGCCCAGGCUGAUGCUGAAGACGACUGCCCCACAGACGGGCAGUAUUCCGGGUUGCGCCGGGAGGACCGAGGCAGCCUGGAACUGGCCUCCAUGUUCGACACCCUGCACGCCCAGCCAGACCUCCUCGGAGGAACCAUCCCCAGACCCUCCCAGGGCCAGGGCUCCCAGCAGCAGCAGCAGCAGCCCCUGCACUCCCGGCUGGACGGGGCCCAGAGGAACCUGCUCCUGGCCUGGACUCUGAUGCUCGGUCUGGGGGGCCGCCGCGUGGAGCAGAGGCCGCGGAUGCUGAAGUAUGCGGUGCAGUGUGCCUCCAGGCUGGCCCUGCUGUUGCAGUUUGGAGAUGGAGCCGUGGGUAAGAGGAAGGGGAAGAGUAAAGGGAAGGGCAGCUGGGUACGCCGGGUGGGCAACCUCUACCGGACGCUGCUGUCCUUCCUGCCCUGGGACGGGUCUUCGGAGGUUGGAGGAGGGAGCGGCGUGUCUGUGGUGGUGGAGCUCAGUGGGAGUUUCACCCAGCUGAUCCUGUCAGCCUCAACGGACUCCACGCUCUCCUCCCACAAACUAGCCGCAGCCUCGGGCCUACUGCAGACGGCGGGGCGCACCAUGGACGAUGCAUACGCACAGCUCCCACGACCUCUACCUCUAGCCCAGGAUGGACCGCUGUCAGAUAGCUACUGCACCCCGAUGCUACAAGAGCUGCAAGGGGGAACCACUGAUACAGGGUCAGUCCAUCCCUGUCCACAGAGGCCUUCAACACGAUUGGGCACGCUUUGGCAAGACCUUUACAAGCAGGCUCUCCGGUACCAGUCUAUGCUGCAGUCUCAGUCUGACCCCCAGAGCCCUCCCAGCAAAGAGGAGCAGGAGGUGCAGGCCACCCUGUGCCUCAUUCAGGCCCAGCUGCAGAGGGCUGGGGUCAGCCUGGCUGAAGACCCCGCUCUACACUGCACCGAAGGUGAGGAGCUCUUCCUCCAGGGGGACUAUACCCAAAGCACUGAGUGUUGGUGGGCAGAGCUGUUGGCUGAAAAAGACAGAGCAUGGGCCACAGGCACCCUGUCCGCUGGUCCUCGUAGCUGCUACCUGCAGACGCGUUACGGCCUGGCCCUGCUCUACAGCCACCUGCAGCACUACCAGCUGAGGGAGGCCCAGGCUCUGGCAGACCACAUGGCCCACAGACUGCUCCAGGAACCGGGGCAGAACGCAGAGACUCCAGAUGAGUGUGUGUGUGGAGGGUGGCCUGCGGUGAGAGCGCAUCGUGAGGCAGCGUGUGCCGUAGUGCAGAGCCUGGGCCGGUUCAUGGCGGCCUACUUUGCCAACCAGCCCCUCGCCAUCAGGCCUGCACACUGUGUGGACCUGCUGGACCCACUACACUUCCCUCAGGCCACAGGCCCUCGCGUGGUGGCCCUGUCGCAGCAGAAAGUCUCGGCCGCCGUGCGUUCGCAGCAGCUGUCGGAGCAGUGGACUGUGGGAUACGCCCUGGAGUUGCUGCUGAUUGGCGGGCUGCUGCCGGAGGCUGUGUGGCUGACGUCGCGGCUAGGGGACUGGACCACGGCCGCCGCUCUCGGCCUGGCGUACAGCAGCUACUGCACUGACGACCAGCAGCUCAACAGUCUGCGCUGGAAGGAGCUCCAUCUGCCUGCUGAGCUGCAGCCCUGCUCCAUCUUCCAGGCCCAGCUGGAGGCGCUGUUGGGCCCCUUGGCCCCUGGAGCUGCACAGGACAGGGACUCCCACAGGCACCUGAGUGAGCCAGUGGAGGAGGCAGACGAGGAGCAGCUGUGUCUGUGUGCUCAGGAGCUCUUGAAGGCGUCCGUCAUGGCCAAGGUGGACGUCCUCUCUCAUCCUAUUGGCCAGCUGCUGGCGGUUGCCAAGGAGAUGUCUUCAGAGCUGAUGCCAUUGGUCCCCACGGGCCUCUAUCUGCCAGCCCCGCCCCUCUACUGCCCUCAGCCCUCUCCCACCGCACAGGAUCACAGUGUGGGUGUGGGUCUGCAUGCGGAGCGUGCGUGUCGUCUGCGCGUGUCUGCGGUGGUGCGUAAGGUUCUGCUGCUGAUGCGAGCGGCCCGCUGUGCCCUGCCCGCCGCUCAGUGGUACAUACGCCGCCUGCAGCGCUGCCACAAGAACUACAGGAAGAUUCGUAAACUCUCUGUAUUGCAAGAUGCCUUAUUGCCAGAGGGCUUGAAGAGGUUUCUAUUUCAGUCUGGCUUCUUCAAGAGGGAGGCUGCUCGACACGGUCGCAUGGACCCCAUCAUAGUGCACAUAUUAACAUGCUUCAGGGAGCUGUGUGCGCUGCUCUGGAUGCUUCAUGUGCGUGACCAGCUCACCCUGGCAUGCCGGAAGUAUCAGGCAGCCAGGAACCAGAGCAGAGAUGCAGAGACGGGCCCGUGUAUAGACCCUGGUCUGUGUGAGGAGGCGGUGCGCUGGGCGUGUCGGCUGCUGCCCUUCUCUCACUUCCUGUGUGUGGAGGAGACCUUACAGGACCUGCUGCUCAGUCUGCUGGCACAGCUGCCACCCACACACAUGGUUGCAGAGAUCCUGGUGAAGGCCUUCCCUGAAGAGGAGCAGUCAGUUCGGGUAGCUCUGAGGGAGAAGUACACCACCCUACUGAACACACUCAGAUCUGGUCCUGUCGUGCAGACACAUGAUACUCAAUCAAGCACAGAUACAGAGACACAGCAGGAGAUGUCGUCGCUCCUGAAGAAGUGUGAAAAGCAGCGUGCCAAGUUCCUGGCCCGCGCAGCCAAGCACAUGACACGGGUGCAGCACUACCUCUGGGAGAGGGACGAGGAGGGAGGAGGAGGAGGAGGGGGAGAGGCGCGAUCGGACAUCCCCUCCGCCCCCGAUCGCCUCUCGCUGGCAGCCAGUCUCAGCUCCCUGACAGAGACCACGGGAGCCACUCUGACCAGCAACACAGACGCUGCCACUCCCCAGGCCCUCUCGCCAGACCUGCAGGCUGGGCCACUGCACAGUACCUUGAAGCCAAAGGCACAGAACUCAUCAGGACCAGAGGCAAAGAAACAGAGGCCCUCCUCCUCCCACCAGAAAUCUAAUAGCAGCAGGAGCAGCAGCAGCAGAGUGCCCACCCCCGCGGUAGGCAGCUGGGAGUUCGAGCUGGGGGACGAGGAGUACCUGGCCUUCCUGGAGCUCUUCCUCAGCUACCUGCUGGAGCGCGCCAUUGGCCGAGGGGGGCCGAGCGACGAGCCGGCCGAGCUGCCCCUGAUUGGCUGCUUCUGGGCGCGGCUGCGGGAGCGAGAGCUGCACUCGCUGGGCUUCGACGUGCUGACCACCCUGAAGCGACGACAGAGGGACGUGCGGAAGAGCGCAGCCGCCAGGCCGAGUGGCCAACAUGGGGGGGACGGCGCUGCUCCACAGCUGCCCGUCUUCCAGGCAGGACGAAGCUUCCUACACCACAGCCAGCAGACGGACACCUCCCCUGAGCGACCUCCAUCCACCACCACCACCUCCACAUAUCGCCCCUCUCUCCCCACCCAACCCUGGCUCUCCACCUCCCCCUCAUCAGGACUGUGGGGAAGCAAACACCACCACCAUCCAUCAUCCAUGGGUGGGGUGACUCUGGAGCUCAGCCCGUCUCCGAGCAUCGUCUCUAGGCACAAAGCCCUGGCCACGGCCUCUCCCUCCCUGGAGCUGCAGCAGGAGCUGGACCCCAAGCUGGAGUCUCGUUUCCCCACGCUGGGCAGGCUGCUGGAGUGGAUGUCCCGCUGGGCCGACCGGAGGGUGCUCCUGCGGAGGAUGGAGGAGCAGAGAGGAGGUGCGGGAGGAGGAGGAGGAGGAGGUGCGAUGGGGCCGGCUAUCAGGGCCAAGGCCUCGGCUCCUGCCGUCCUCACCUCUCUCCUGCUGCUGGAGAGACGCUACAGCGCCGCCCUCCUGGCUGAGGGCAAGACACACAUGAGGGUCCCUGCGGUGGAGCUGACUGUGGCCCCCGUGCUUCACCCACCCUCCUGCUCUGGGGAGAGGAAGGAGCAGCAGGAGGAGGAGGAGAGACAAAAGAGAGAGGAGAGAGAGAAGCAGGAGAGAGAGAAGCAGGAGAGAGAGAAUGAGGAGAGAGAGAAGCAGGAGAGAGAGAACGAGGAGAGAGAGCGGUACCGGGCCAGAGAGAGAGAGAGGGAGAGCAGUGUGGACACGGGCUACCCAGGCUCAGUAGCGACGCCCAUCGCCCUGCUAGACAUGGACCCUCAGCAGCCACAGGCCUUGGAGUUGUGUGAGUUGCUGGAUGUGGCGUCUGAGAGCGAGGCCUCUGGGGCCUCUGGGGCUGACAGCCUUGAGGAGGAGCUCAGGCCUCCCACGCAAGAUGGCGACAUGCCUGAUGACCACCGCUACUCAUCUGAUGAGAAUAGCUUUGUGGAUGAAUUGGAAUCCCCAGCAGCGCAGAGCCCAUCCCCCUUGUCCACAGGGCAGAGUGGACCGGCUUUAAGCCUUGCUGACUUGGUCUGCGCAGACAGCCCAGAAAGACCAGCUGCUAUCACUCAGGCUGCAGAGGAGUGUCAGUCAAAUGGCAGAGCAAUACCAGAGGCCAGCAACACACUGGACAUCCAACUCAUCUGCGAAGACCCAGCAGCAGCUGCAGCAGAGCAGGCAGAGCGUAUCCUCACUGGGGAAAACCCACCAUCAGCAGCAUCAGUGGCCCCACAGAGAAGCAGUGUGCCACCAGGGAGCACACACCAGGCCAUGCCCGGCACAAACCCUGCUCCUGCUCAAGAAACGGACACCACCAACGCCAACCCUAACCCUGUCACACAGCUGGUACAGGACGAGCUCUUCCGUCUGGUUCAGCUGCAGCAGAUCAACUUCAUGAGUCUGAUGCAGGUGGUGGGGGCUUCCUUUGCCAACCUGCCCCUCUCCCAGGCCAGACUACCCAUAGCACAGUCCACUCUUCUGCCCCAGCAGCCCUACCCUCCACCUGCCCCUCCUCCACCUGCCCCCUCCAGCACCUCUGCAGUACCCCCGCCAACCUCUUUCACUUCCCAGCCCAACACAGCACAGAGUCCCCUACUCUCUCAGCCCCUCCAGACCCAAGCGCCCCAGCCCCAGGUUGGUUCACAUCAAGCCCAUCCUGUCCCUCCUCUUUUGGGAUCCCAACUUGCUGCAGCCCCCUCCUCCCCUGCCUCUGACUCCCAGGCGCAGCAGUCCAGAUACUCUGAAAGACCAGCUCUGGUCACUCACCAGCCCCCACAGGGGCAUCAUCAGCAAGCCAUGCAGAUUCUGACCAUCAGCCCAGGGAGACCCAGCCACCCGGAGUCCAUCCCAGCCUCCCAAGGUCUGCUGACCACGGUGGCCGCCGGAGCCUCAGUGCUACCCACAUUGCCACCUAGUGGUAGCAUGCAGAACAUCCCCUCUCUCAUCCCCCCAGAGUCCAUCCCCACCCGCCCCACAGGUCUCCGGCUCCUCCAGCUGCCCCCUCCUCAGCAGCCUCCCCUGCUGCGACCACCCCACCACCACCACCACCACCACCAGCACCACCACCAACAGCAACUCCCAGGGCACCUGGUGAGAGAGGCAUGGGGAGCCCAGCGCCACCUUUCAGACUCACACCCACCACCCACCCAGCAACCACCCUCAGCUGCUCACAGGCAUGAUGCACCUCCUGGUCUCCUUCCUGCUCCCCAGCACGCUGCUCCUCCUCCUCCUGCCCCUCCUGCUCCUCCUGUUCAUGGGCUCCCUCUCCUGCACCUCCGCCCCGGCCCCAGCCUCCCCCAGCCAUCCCUGGUGUCGGUCCCUGCCCGUCCCACUGCUCCUGGAGCCCUCCUGAACGCCGCAGGCGUGGGGCCCUUCCCCAGGCUGCAGCUGCUGCAGAGGGGCCCGGAUCCACCUGGCACAGGGCGUACCAGUGCACCUCCCCUGCGCACCCCUCGUCUCAUCCCCCUGGAGCAGCUUGUGUCCUGGGCAGGCGGAGGCGGAGGAGCCCUCGGCUCCCAUGCUGGAGGCCCACCCCUGCUGAAGGCCUCCAUGCCCGUCCCCUCCUCCUCCACCCCCUCCACCAUCCAUGACUCCCACCACAGCCAGCCGGGCUGCAGCACGCCCUCCACACACAGAUGUUUGCCAUACUCAGCCAAUUCAGAAAGUGUUGGUAUUGAAUAUGUGCCAGGAUUUCUUACUCUGUCUAAAGCUGGGACUGACAACGCUGGCUGGCAACAAUUUGUUUGUGUGUUCCCUUGGUUUCCUCAUCUCACUCCUGUCCUGUCCCGGCCUCCCUUCUUUUUGUCUCGACACAGGCAGAGGAGGAGGGAGGAGAGGGAGAAGGACAAGGAGAGAACAGGGAAGAAACUGGAGGUCUCCUUCAGACCUGAGGACUCCAUCAUCCCGCCUGAAGAGGAACAGUCAGAUGCACCUGAGAUGGAGGCUCCAUUCGCUGGAGAUGGAUUUGUGUUGCCUCUGGGCUCGUGUGACUCCAUGUUGACAGGUCAGCGUCUGCUGGCGGCCUCCUAUGCCACCACAGCCGAGCUCCAUGCCUAUGCCUCCACCCAGAAGAGGCCCCCCGAGCUGCAGGAUGCCGGUACCAACACAGACACAGCCCCUCCGUUACUCACCGACAAGAGCACUUCGGCACAGGGCUCCUCUCCUGCCCACAGUGCAGCUUCACAGUAUGAGAGAGGAGAGGCUGAAGCUGCGGCAGCGUGUUUGCCCCCUGAGCUCUUCCUUGACCUGCGCUUCCCCAGGGAAGAUGGCAGCACACACCACGGACACCCCUCACAGGGUGACAAGGGCAGACGCUUCCUCAAUGUCAUCGACCUGGAGGAUGGAGCCUUGCUGCAGGAGUUGUCCCUUCACCCAAUACCCACAACCACAGCUACCGCCAUAGCCGCCACCAAUACCAAUACCACUACAGCUGCAGCCGAGCCUGCUGCCAGAGCCCUCACCCCAGCAGAGCUCCACCUGCUGGCGGCCACAGUGAACAACAACACGCAUAGCCCAUUAGUCCAGCAGCAGCCACAGCACGAGGACGAAGGUCUCCUUCCCUCCACCUCCACCCAGCACGACUCCUCUCCUCCUCCUUCUCCUCCUCCUUCUCCUACUCCGAGUCCCUCGGUGCUGGAGGAGUGCAGGGGAGACACGCUGACUCGUAGCCUGCUAGAGAGGCCUCUGACGGGCUACGCCCGGCCGGGUGGCAGCCAGGACCAGCAGGCUGGAGGAUCUGCAUCUGCAUCCUCUUCAGCUCAGGUGACGCCGGUCAGGCAGGCGUCCGCCCGGCUCUCAGAAAUGGACAGGCAGCUGGCCGCCCUGCAAAAGAUCGCCGACCAGAUGGACCGGGACUUUGCCGACACACGCCUGCUGGUGAGGACCAUUGACAAUCUGAGCCAGGAGGAGCAAGCACACCUGGCCCCAGUCAGAGUCAUCAAAGCAGUGAAGAGUUUGGCGUGGGGUGUUCCUCCGGGGCCCUCGCUGGGCCUGACUGACGUAGUGGAGGAGGAGGAGGAGGAGGAGUCUUUGUCCUCCAGGGUGGCUGGAGCUGCUGCUUUCGGUGGCGUUCCACCGGUGAGGAGGCGUCUGACGUCACAUCCCAUUCCCACCUCCUCCUCCCAGACAUCCGUCCAACCACGUAACGCGACCUCCACAGUAUCCACAUAUGACUGCAUGCUGCCUGUACAUGGCGGUUUUAACAUGUUUCCUCUACGUUCUUCAUUGGCAGCUAUUAGAGAACAGAUGAUGUGGGACACCAGCCACGAUUUCUCAGGGACCGUAGCUGACCAGUCAGGAAGUAGGCUGAUGGAUGACACUCUGGGUCUGAGUGGGCUGAGUGAUGUGGCGGACAUCUUGGGCGAUCUGGUGCGGGACGGAGGCCUGUCCCCCACCGCUCUGGGCCUAUCACACACACAGGCAGCCAGGCUCAACAGGGUGGCGGUGGGUGUUCCUCCUCCCCCUCCUCUGCAGCAGCAGCCUCCUCUGCGUUCGGAGCAGGAGCGCCGGGAGCUGCGGGCCUGGAUGCGGAGGAAGCAGAGGGAGAGGCUGGUGGAGUACCGCCGCCAGAGGGACGAGUGGAGGGCACAUGAGCGCAAGCCCUUCAUCUCCCACACACAGAUGAAACCAAAUUCCAGAGAUGUCAACAUCAACAAGAGGUUAAAAGAGGAAAAAGACAAGGUCGCUCUGCUGGAGCAUCAUGCCCAGAGGACGUCAGAGGCCUACAGCCUGAUGUCGGACCUGCUGACCGCCCUCAGCCCAGUGCCCAGUGUCAUGACACAGCCCAAGUCCACCACCAGCCCCCCCUCAGCCAGGAUCAGCAUCAGGAGCAGGAGCCAGUCAGCACGGCCUAAAUCCACCAGCCCCGCUUCAGCCAAACUAAGCAUCAGGAGCAGGAGCCAAUCAGCGGGCAGGAAGAGUAAGAGUCCUGGGCCGGCCUGCUCCGUCUCCUCGUCUGGGCAGAGGCUCAUGGGAACCACCACGCUGAGCCGCAGCAGCAGGCUGGGCCUUCACAGGCCUGCAACUGCACUACCAGCAGAUCGAAUGUCCCAGGUGACACGAAGAGGCAUACUGACCAACACCAAGGCCAGAGCUGACACAACUUUAAAAGAAAACCAAAGAAGACCCUUGAGCCGGUCCCCACCUGGUCACAGAACAGAGAAAAGCGGACCGCCUCGGCAGGAGAGAGGUCGCACGCAGAGAAGGGACACUCAGGACACCGAGAACAGUGAGAACGCUGACAACAGGGAGGUCCUGAGCCCAUGGGACCCGCCCCUGGAAAUCCGCCGAAUAUUGGGUCUGGACAGUUUACACAAUCAACAACAAGUUGGCAGAGGGACGGAGAUUGACCUGGAUGCCCUUGAGACCCUCUCUGUCAGCUCCGGCAGCAUCAUGAGCAAACUCAACUGGGAAGAAAUCGAGAAACUGGUUGCGGAGGUGGAAGAGGACACUUAGACCUGCUUAAAUAAAGAUAUUUUUUUAGAAAUAUUUAAUAUAUAAUAUUCUGUGACUUUUUUGUAUAAGAUGUGAAAAUAAAGAAUUUUAAUUUGUA